AUGUAUGCUCCUCGUGCUAAAUUCGAACGUAUUUAUAUUGUUUCACCUAUCAAAGUUGCAAUUGUAUUCCUGAUGAUUCUCCAUUGUCUUUUUCUUCUCAUUGCUCUGUUAACAUCCUUCUGGAUUCAAACUAAAUAUGGCCACUACGGUCCACUAUUUAGUUGUGAAAACCAUCUCAACUGGAAACAAUCAUUUAUAUCGUCAAUAACAGUCAAAUGUCUCUUUGGUCGAUCACAUUAUCGGGCCAAUCUUCUAUGGAUGCCAAUCACCGCCAUAGUGAUUAUUCUUUCGUUUAUCUUCACAUUAAUAGCCAUUCUUUUCUCAACAAUCUCGUUCAUUAAAAAAUCCUUUACACUACGACGUUUCUACUGGUUAUGUACAAUUCUAUUAUUAUUAAUCGUUUUCCUACUCGAUUCGUUUGUCAUUAUUUUUAUUCCACUUAGUCAUCAUCAGCAAAUCUAUUCUCUCCAAUGGGCAUAUGGAAUUCAUUGUGGUGCAACAUUAUUUAUUUCCGUUUCGUUAAUAACUGCUAUUCUUACUUAUAAUACGGAUGAUAUUCAAUAUAUCGAAGCAAUAGAUGAAUCAUCUAUUGAUAAAAAUUAG